UUAAUAAGUUGAACAAAAUUAUUAUUUAAAAAAAAAAAUCCCAUCUGAAUUCUCAAAUUCGAAUCUCUUCCGUCUCCGUCUCCAUCUCUCGGUUUGGUCGGAGCCCGAAAAAUCAAACAGAAGUAGUUUAAAAAGAAGGGGAAAAAAAGAGAGAAGAAAAAAAUUUAGCAUCGAAGAAGAAAAGGAGACCUGAAGGUGAUUUGGGUUCCUUGAUUUUUCAAUUUCUGCUCAAACAGAAAUGCCGCGUGACAAUGAAAGGAUUAGUAGCAAUCUUGAAACGGUUGUGAAUCGAGGAGCCUGCAGAUUAUCCAGAAGAUCUCAAAAUCGAAAUAAUCACCGCUUACCUUCAAAGGAACAAUCUCUCUCAGUCCUUGGUUUAAGAAACUCAGAGCAAAGGUGCACUGUUCUCUUCGUUGCAGUUGACCAUGAUUCAUGGAAAAUUUUAGUUCCCAUGUGUGUAUUUCAUCAGGUGUCUGAAGGGAGAAACCAAUUGGGCUGCGAAGUUGAUAUAAGUUUGAAUCGUGUUGAGUCUUUAGAGCAGAGGAAUAGUUCUCCUGAACGUCCAGGUUCUGCUGAGUUAUCCACAGCCUCCAGCUCCUCUGAAACAAGUGUUUUAGGAAAAUCUAACAGAAGAAAUUGGACUAGAUCUGACGAAAGUGGCAAUAUAUUGAAGAUUACCAACUCUGAAUUUGAUUUUGAUAAUGUAGUUGCUUCGUGUGAGUCAGUUAAUAGCACUCUUAAGAAGGAGAAGCCUGUGAAAAAGAGUUCAAGAAAAAAGGGGAAAAAGAAAAGGAAACAGUACAAAGGAUCUGCACAGAAAAGCGCGUGUGUUAUAGCUCAAUAUGAAGAAGGCAUUUCACAAGAAUUAUUGGAAAAGGUAACCUCUCCUAGCUUGCUGGUACGAGAUACAGAGGAAAAUAAUAUUACAGAAAAUAGCAAUGAUUGCCGAAACAAUCCAGCAAGAGCACUCACUUUGAAACUUUACAACGAUGAGAUGCAUAACUCCGAACAAGUUUCUUCUUUGCAUUGGGAAUCAUCUGGUGAAAAUCUCAGCUGUGCUCAUUCAGGGAGGUUUGAAAUUUUGAGUGAUUCUAUGUCAUCAUGCUCAACUAUAUCUUCAGUAAUUCUAUCCACAUCUUCUGAGAUCUCCCCAAAUGUCCACCCAAAGCAAGAUGCCAUCUAUGAAACUUCUCAAAUUUCCAACUCUUUAGAGCCAAACUCAUUUAUGGAUGAGUUGAAAACUGAGACCGUUGGAAUUUUUAGCGAUGUAGAGAAUUGCAGUGGUGCUUCAAUGAAAUCAACAUUCCACAAUAAAUAUGCAUGUAAUUCUUCAGAAGGGCCACUGACCUUCAAUUUGAUGGAAAACAGUGUUCCAUCUCACAGUAUUACUCCAGAUUCAUGUGACAAAAGUAGUGAAAUAUCCAGUUACCGUUCCUUUGAUACCCCUGAAUGCUCAAAAUGCACAGUGGAUACAGAUAGAACUAAUGAAAGAGUUCAAUGCAGCAGUGAAGCCUCUACAAGUGAUGGCUUUCAUCCUGUGGUAUACAAAAAGAGAGGCAGGCUAAGGAAAGCAUACCCUAGUUCAAAUAGUUUGCAUAUAUCUGGUACUGCAAACUUGUAUGGCCAGAAGACUCAAAGGAAUCAAACAAAUAGGUGUAUUCGAGGAUUAAGGAAUGAUAAUUUUGUUCAGCACGUCAAUGUAUCUUCUAAAGGCUCGGAAGUAUGGGAGAAAUCGGAUAAAGGUGAUGAGCGGAAUCAAAUUGAAAGCGGAGCAUUAUGCAGCUGCCCAUGUUCAACUGAAAGGGUGAUUGAGACUGCUUACAUGGAUACAUUACGAUCAGUAUCUAGUGACAUUGAUCCAAAUGGCCUAUCCAAAGUUAUCAAUAAAAGAUUGUUGCAUAAUUCUCCUCUAACCCUGAAAGAGGAACCCAGUUCAGCCUCAAAUCACGAAUAUCUCGAGAAUGAAAAAAUUCAGGUGCAGGAAAAAGCAGUAGAAAUCUCGAUACAGAAGCUCAAGAAAAAUGAAAGUCAAUCAUCCUCUCAUCGUACCGCUGAAUGUAGGAGCCCUGACUCUGAUAUAUUUGAAUUGGGCCAAUCAGAAUCAAUCCAGAAUAAACAAAUCAAUACCUUUGAAGAACAAAAUGAGAUAAGCCCAUUACUUGCGGAAUCAGAUUUUUUGGAGAAUACAUCUAUCAAACUACAUUCCAAUGGUGGCAUUAUGGACACUGAAGACAUUCAAAUCAUGGAACUUGGAAGUGAGAGUAUGCUUUGCGAUGAUAGAAGGAAAGAUCUGUUAGUGUUUGAUAAAAACAGUUCCAAAGUUCCUAAUAUGAAUGAUCCCAUUUCAGAUAGGCUAAAGUGGUCUAAGGUCAAGUUGGAGUUGCCUAUUUCAAAUUUUCAUCACUUAGUCCCUUCAAAUGACGAUGAACCUUUUACCAGUUUUGACACUGAUUUAUGCAAAAUCAUUCAAGCAAUAGAUGAAUCCUACAAGCUGUUAACUGCAUCAGAAUCUAUUCGCAUGGUGACUGGUAGUCCGCUUGCAGAAUUUGAAAGAUUUGUAGAUUUAGCAUCCCCUAGUAUCAAUCAAACCAUUGGUGAUGCUUUUUGUACACAUCAAGUUCCUAAGGGUUUUUUGGGAAAUCUUUGGAAGUGGUAUGAGAAACCUGGAAGUUACGGGCUGGAAGUGAAGGUAGAGGAUCAUCAUAACUCAAAGAGGUCUCCCAAACGUUGCUCUCAAUUCCGUGCGUAUUUUGUUCCUUAUCUUUCUGCUAUACAAUUAUUUGCCCGGUCUAGGAGUUUUGUGUGUUUGGAUAGUGGUGUUUGUAAUAGAGUUGCCAAGGAAUUCAAUAAUGAGGAUACACCAAAAUCUUCAGUCUCUUUGGAGUCUCUCCCAAUAUUCUCAAAGCUCCUACCCCGUCCUCCCAAAAAAAUAGUUCCCUCUGACAAAGAUGAAGUCUGCUGCCAGAUAAUUAAUAGCAGUGAUUUUACUGACGAAGAGUUGCUCUUUGAGUAUUUUGAAGUUGACCAACCUCAUCAGAGAAGACCGCUGUUUGAGAAGAUUAAGGAGCUGGCUAGGGGCGAGGUAUCAAGUAAUUGCCAGAUUUUUGGUGAUUCCUCAAAUCUUGAAUGCCUAAAUUUUCAUGAACUCCACCCAGCAUCUUGGUUUUCAGUGGCCUGGUACCCCAUUUAUCGGAUACCUGAUGGGAACUUUCGAGCUGCAUUUUUAACCUACCACUCUCUUGGUCGUUUUCUUCACAGAGGCACGUCAUCCAAUGUGAUUGGUGAUGUUAAUCAAAUAGUUUCUCCAAUUGUGGGGAUGCAGACUUACAAUGAUAAGGGAGAGUGCUGGUUUGCUCAAAGAAGCUUCAUGACGGAAAAAACCAUGUCAACAAAUCCAUCAGGAAUCUUGAACAAAAGGUUGCAUACGCUUGAAAAUGCAGCUUCGGUGAUGGCAAGGGCCGCAGUUCGUAAAGGAAAUCAGAAAUCUGUGAACAAACACCCAGAUUACGAGUUUUUCCUCUCUCGGAGGAGGUAGCAGAUUUGUUAUUAUAUCGAACAAGUGCAAAUGAGUAGGAUUAACUCAAAAAGUGAGGUGUUUUGAGAUAUCUCUGUAGAUCGUAAUGAAAAGUGAGAAGCUCUUGGCUGGCUUGUUGUAUAGUUUACUUUCGGUGUUUAGAGAGAGCAGUGAAUUUUCCCCCUUCUAUUAUUGGAUGCUUUAGCUUUGAAAAUGAUACAAAAUGGUGUUAAUUGGGUCACAUUGGUUGCCGAUAUACGAGCACCUAUGGUUUUUCUUCAUAACUAAUCUGAAACUGAAAUAUUUUGAACGACAAA